AUGGCAUUAAGACCCAUGAAAAAUAUCCUUGUUCUUUCCUUUGGAAUGUUGUUUUUGUAUAUAGCCUAUGCUGGACUUAUGACAUUACAGAGCAGUCUGAACCAUGAUGAGGGUCUUGGAGUUGCAUCUCUUAGUGUCUUAUAUGGAUCACUUACCUUAUCAGCAAUGUUUUUACCAGCAAUCCUUUUGAAGAAAUUUGGCUGCAAAUGGACCAUAGUAGGAUCGAUGGCAUGCUAUGUCUCCUUUACAUUGGCAAACUUCUAUCCUAGCUGGCCAACGAUGAUCCCAGCUUCAAUACUUGUUGGAAUGGGACCUUUAUGGCCAGCAGAGAGGUCAUACAUCACAGCCAUUGGAAGAAAGUAUGCUGAGAUGGCAGGAAAAGCUACCAAAGAUGUUGUUAAUCAGUAUUUUGGAAUAUUCUUUUUUAUUGUUCAAACCAGUCGAAUAUGGGGUAACCUCAUUUCAUCCCUAAUAUUCAACCUUACGCCUGAUGCAGGAGAAUCCUUGGGUGCUUUGAAUAAUUCUUUUUGUGGAGCAGGACAUUGUCCAAUGGAUUCACUCAUAUCUGGAAAUAUUACAGGCCCAAGCCCAUCGAAUACUGUGCUGUACUCUCUUCUUGGGGCUUAUACAGGAUGUGGAAUUAUUGCCAUUAUUCUAAUUUCAAUAUUUCUUGAUGAAAUCAGUCCAAAAAACAACGAGAUUGGAGAAGGGGAAAGUCAAUCCGUCUGUUCAAUGUUUUUUGCAACAUUCAAGCAGCUCACAGAUAAGCGCCAGUGCCUACUUAUUCCUCUCACUAUAUUUAGUGGACUGGAACAGGGAUUCAUUACAGGAGACUACACUCGUGACUAUGUGACAUGUGCAAUUGGGAUUCGAAUGGUGGGCUUUGCAAUCAUUAGUUUUGGAGUACCUAAUGCCAUCUGCGCGGCUGUGUUUGGAAAACUUGCAGAAUACACUGGUCGAAUUUCUCUCUUCAUACUAGGUGCUGUUAUACAUAUAGGCUGCAUCAUUGCGCUUUUGUUGUGGAGACCACAUGCAGAUCAAAUUGCUCUGUUCUUUGUCUUCUCUGGUGUUUGGGGAGUUGCUGAUGCUGUUUGGCAAACCCAGAUCAGCUCACUAUAUGGAGUUUUGUUUGAGAAAAACAAAGAAGCCGCGUUUGCCAAUUUCAGUCUCUGGGAAUCAGUUGGCUUUGUGAUCGCCUUUGGAUAUAGCAGCUUCUUAUGUGUAUACAUGAAACUCUACAUACUCCUGUGUGUGGUUGUCCUAGGCAUUAUUAUGUAUGCUGUUGUAGAAUACAUGGAAUAUGUGAAAACAUCUGCACCUGUCAAAGAGGCACCAAAGGAAACUGAAACUCCAGAAGCCUAA